AUGGCACCCAACGACGCUGUGAAAGCUAAGAACAUGAAAGUCUACAUCUCCGGUUUUGUAGGUCAACAUCCAAUCGAAACCGGCGUCGCCUACUGGUAUCGCGGCCAUUAUCUGUUCGGCCAAGCGGGAAAUCCAGUCCAACCGCUCCUCUUUCCAACGAAGAAAGAGAUCCUCAUCGUCGGUACCACGGCCGACACAGCUCCCCCGUACAAUGAGAAAGACUCAAACCAUGUCAACGAACGUAGCGUUGCUGCACUCGACAAGAGCAAACGUCAUGAGUGGCGCGACCCACCGACAGAGGAAGAGGUCGAAGCGUACAAAGCGCAGAUGGCUUUCGAAGCUCGCAUUACAGCAGUUGACGAUGAGAGGAGAGCAGCUGAAGCACUGGCACCAAGCAUUAGUUAUCCUCAAGCUGGUGCGGCUCAGCAACACCCGAUGGACUGGCGCGAGUCAGCAAUGGCUGCAAUGACCAAUCUCCAAUAUAUGCCUGGCACGAGCAAUGAGCAAUUCUACAACGACGGAGCGUUGUAUCUCGCCGCCUCUGCUCCGGGCUCCCGUCAUGGCUCCUCGCUGGCAUCCCCUUAUGGGUCCCGUUCAGCGUCCCCAGCGAUUUGGCCGCGUGGUAUUCUUAGUCCCAUCCGCUCAAACCCCCGCCUCACUCAAUUGCUUGAGGAGUAUGGUAUUACGCGCCGCGGCACUCCUGUCGUGAGUUUCGAUUCAGUGUGGAUGGAUGAAGAGGCUAUGAACAGCUUCGUAGAUACCGUGUCUGGCCCACCAUCGCGCACUCCUAGCACCGGUCCCAUGGUCCAGGGCGACACGGACUCGUUCGCUCGAGUACCUCUUCCACACUCGCCGCUCAGCUCCGGCGUCCCUUCCCGCGUUCCCAGCGUCAACCACAUGCGCGACCCUGGCAUGGUUACCUAUGCAGGCUUCGCGGUCAAUCCCACUCACUCUGCAGGUCCCUCUCGCUCGACGUCACUUCCGCAGUCUCGCUCUCUGUCGCGCGUCUCGAGCUACCAGAACAUCGGAGACAUGGGCGUCCACGCCGGGGUCGUUAUGACUAAGGAUCCCUCCGUCGAGUCGACCAGCAACUACGAUAUCCUUGAGGAGGAGGACGAGGAUCUAUCUCUGGAGGACACCCCGCGUGGCUACCACGCCACUCCCGCACUCGCACUCCCGCCGGUCGCUGCCGCUCGCCCGCGUGGCAACAGCUUCGCCAGGGCUAGUAUUGCCCUUAACGAGGCGUACAACCGCGCUCGCCCGUUGAUGCACGGUGCAAAUCAAGUUAGGUACGUAUUUGGAUCUACGGAUUCAUCUCUGGGUUUUGUUUCGGACGAAGUAGCCGCCACUGCUGCGAUUGCGCCUUUGGGCUUUCUUGCUGGUGGGCUUCAAGGCGAUGGUCAAGGCUAUGCCCGUGAGAUUGGCGAGGUUUCUGGCGGUGGAUAUGAGGGUGGAUAUUCAGGACCGAUCAUCGUCGGCAGGGGUCGGCUUACCCGGUGUCCGGUCCAUGAUGAGCCCUGCGAUGGGGAGACCGUGACGAACAACCACCUCUCUAAAACGACGUCCGAAAAGCGAGGUUUCAAGGAAUUAUACCCGGUGGUGGAAAAUCUCGGCCGGAGGAUGGUAGACUGGAAGACGAUCAUGGACGAGGAGAAGACUAAGGUGGAGGCGAACAAGGGCAAGGGCAGGCAGAUGUGAGGGGGUGUGUAUGGGGGGGCAAGGCACUUAGGGUUGGGUGACGCCGAGUGCUAGGGUUGACG